AUGACGAAGGGUACCUCAUCGUUCGGUAAGCGACACAACAAGACGCACGUCCUGUGCAGACGUUGCGGUCGUCGCUCCAUGCACGUUCAGAAGCACACCUGCUCCAACUGCGGAUACCCAAGCGCCAGCAUCAGAAAGUACAACUGGGGUGAGAAGGCCAAGCGCCGCAAGACCACCGGUACCGGCCGCAUGCGCUCGCUCAAGCUCGUACCACGCAAGUUCAAGAACGGCUUCCAGCAAGGCACACCAAAGGGCUCCCGCGGUCCAGCCAAGGCCGAGUAA